CCAUGCUUCCAGGAGUCAUUGAAGGCAGCAUAUCCACCCGGUGGUGCUGUGAUAUUGAGAGGUCAUACAUUUUCAAAAAACAGAAGAAAACAGAGCAGAAGAAAGCCAGGAUGUCUGGAGAACUGUCCUUGAACAUAAACAUCAAGGAGCCAAGAUGGGACCAAGGCACAUUCAUGGGGCGCGCCCAGCACUUCUUCAUGGUCACAGAUCCCAGGAACGUCCUGCUGUCCUCUGAGACUCUGGAAGAGGCCAGAGUAAUUGUGCAGAACUACAGAGCAGGCAUCGUAAAGCCCGGCCUGACAGAGGAUGAGCUCUGGAGAGCAAAGUACGUCUACGACUCUGCCUUCCACCCCGACACCGGGGAGAAGAUGUUUGUGAUCGGUCGGAUGUCUGCCCAGGUGCCAAUGAACAUGUCCAUCACAGGCUGCAUGCUCACCUUCUACAGGACUACUCCGGCAGUGGUGUUCUGGCAGUGGGUUAACCAGUCCUUCAACGCCGUCGUCAACUACACCAACCGCAGCGGAGACGCCCCCAUCACCGUGAACCAGCUUGGUGCGGCCUACGUUAGUGCUACUACUGGUGCCGUAGUCACUGCCCUGGGACUCAAGUCCUUAGCUUCGCGUCUCCCUCCAAUCGUCAGCCGGUUUGUCCCUUUCGCUGCUGUUGCUGCUGCCAACUGUAUCAAUAUUCCCUUCAUGAGACAGAGGGAAUUGAAGUACGGUAUUCCUGUGAUGGAUGAGAACGACAACAGGUUAGGAGAGUCUGCCAGCGCUGCCAAACAGGCCAUCGUGCAGGUGGUGGUGUCAAGGAUCGGCAUGGCGGUGCCUGCAAUGGCCAUUCCCCCUGUUAUAAUGAACGCUCUGGAGAAGAGGGCUUUCAUGAAGCGCUUUCCAAUUCUAAAUGCUCCAGUGCAGGUGGGGCUCGUGGGUCUUUGCCUGGUGUUUGCAACUCCUCUGUGCUGCGCCUUGUUCCCUCAGAAAAGCUCCAUGAGUGUGAGCUCGCUGGAACCCGAUCUGCAGGAGAGGAUACGACAGAUCAGUCCUCAGACCACCACCGUCUACUUCAACAAGGGCCUGUAGGAGCAGCAACACUCAUCUCCAUGCAUAUGCACAAAACACACAGACACUCACACAUACAGUGUAUACACUCACACACACGUGUUUUGUACUCUGGGCACAAACGGGAGUACAAAAUAAAAUGUAUUUAUACAUAUUUUGUUUUGUUUGUGGGUAUUUCUGCGUUUUUAUUUUUGUUUUUAAUUGGACUGCAUGGAGUUGCUCCAAGUCUGACAGUGGAAGGUUACCAUUAUUUGAAAAAGAAGAUUAAUUGAAGGGAAAAUGAAACACUUAGAGGAAAGUUGGCUGUCAGUUCUUUCUGUACAUAGAAGGCACUCCUUUGGGAAGAAAAACUGACUUCAGAUUUUUUUUAUUAUUAUUAUCGUGUUGUGGUGUGUUUUCUGUCUUCCGGCGGUCAAAACUGCAUAUUGGGUGGCAGUUCAUGAAAUUAUGGAUUUUGUAUUUGACUCACCAAUAUUUUGUUACAUUCAGCUUUACAUCCUGAUGAAUUGCUUGUAAUUCCAGUUUAAAAUGAAGGCUUGUGCUUGUAAGUUGUGUGUAUAAUUGCUUCUGAAUGUAACGAUCUUUUUUGCCUUGUGUCGCCACUCUUUGCAAUUCUUGCUCAGUCAUUGUCACAUUAUUCUUUUUGGAGAAGUGAUAUUGAAAAAAAUUCAAUCCCAAUUACUUUUCAUCUACCGUGCAGUUGCACUGAAAAAAAAUCAGCUGUAAUUAGUCUGACCCUUAAUGAAUUUUGUCCUGUUUUGUCGUGUUUUUGCCUCUUGUUAACCAGCGCUGCUUCUUACUCUCUUCAACUCUCCUUGAAGUGUACUUACAUCCCUUCAUAUUUUUAGAGCAGGUAAUCAGGUGCUAGAUACAUGUGGCAGAAGAAAAUAUGUAGAAGUUAAGCUGCAAAAACUCACAAAGCACAGCCAGAAAUAGUGAGAGUGGUUUCUAUCAACAUAAAUAUGUACUGUGGCAGCCUGUUUUUCAAGAUUUUUUAGUCGUUUUAGGUGACGAUGCUUGUUUGGUGGUUUGGCGGAGAGGAAAAUGUGAUGUUGUCAGUGCAUUUUAUUGCCAAGCUGAAGGAAGAAGAAGAAUUAUUGUUAUCAGAUCCUAAAUUCCUUCCAAGUUUGACCGUUUUUAUGUUUAAAUGCAGCGCAGGCGAUGGUGUUUUAUUGUUAUCUUAAAACUUUCAGUUCAGAUUUUGGUGGUUUUAAUGUUGGCACGUGCCCUGAAGAAUUGCAAAAGCUGACUGAAAGAAGUCAAUUUCCUGUUCUUGAAAGUCAGAGAUGCAGCGUUUCUAUUUGAACCAGCUGCCCGCACAACUGCGCUGUAGCCAUUGAUGUCCUAUUGUACCAAAUAAAGGUAGUAAAUGUGAAAAAGUUAAAGUAAUCAAUGCCUAUUUGUAGGUCAGGGAAGCAGGCAAUUGUAUGCACAGUGUUUGAUGUUGCUUUGUUGAAGUGGACAGCUUGGCUGAGUUUUAGCGUUUCUGAUCAAAUUCUUUCACAUUGUUGACCAAGCUCUCCAAACACACAACUGUCCAUUGUGGUUAGAUAGUAGUGAUGUUGGUGUACAUUAGGACAGGUCAUCUGUCUGGAUUAUACAAAAUAAGUAUAUUUUUCUUGGAUAUAUUUAUAUAUACAGUAUAUAUAUGAUGUAAAGUAUAUGGAGCACAUAUGCAUGAGGGAUUUUAGAGAUUUUAGCGUAUGCCUCUGUAAGUGAAUCCACCAGAUGGCCCCACAUAUGCACGGGAAAACAAUGUCUGCUGCUCAUAUUGCAGGAGGCCAUUUUAUUGCAAAUGAGUACGUGCUGCUCUUGCUUUAGGGCUAAUAAGUCCUCAGAUUGGAGGAGUCUUCCUCUGGUUGGACUUAUCUCAAAACAGAGAACACAGUCUCAAAUUACCGACGAUGAUUCAGCGUCAGUGUGAAGUGGUGUUUAUAACGUAUGUUGUUUAAAAUGUAUAACCCACAGUAAGAUUGUACAGACCAUGUUUAUGCUAAAAUUCAUCUCUGUCAAGUUACUGGAGUUUAUGUUUGGGAAAUUUGCUACUGCACAGUCAUGCAUUUAAAGCAAACAGAUUGUGUGUGGAGGGACUGUAGCAACUGCACAGCUGUUGCAUUUUUAUGAUUGAACUGUACAAACAGAAAUGCACAAUGACUGUGGUUAUGUGUGAUCCUGAAGUUCGGCGUUUCAUUUAAGAUCACUUUUGGGAAAUGUUGUCACCUGAAAUUUACAAGAAUGUGGAUGUCCUGUUUCUUGUAAACAUAUCUUGCUUGCUCACACUCCAUUGUAACUCAUAUUUUCAUAGAAACAUUUAAAAAGCCCAUGUUAUGCUUUUUGGGUUUGACCCUGCAAACUUAGACAACCUCAAGUCCAGGCUUUCCUCUGUUAAUUAUCUACAACACUAUGUAACACAUGUGCAUAACCCCUACCUAGCAGCUAGUCUGGGAUGCCCUCAGUCUGCCUAUGCUCAGGUCUGUACGUAGAACCAACAUAUUACCACGUUUCUGCCUUUAGUUGGCCAAGUUGACCAAUCAAAGCAGGCUGCUACAAUGUACAAUGUGGAAAAAAUGCUGUUUUUGAAAACUAAAGCUUCUAGUAGAGCAGAAAAAUGAAAUAACACUCCUGUAAGUAUGCAUAACACGGGUUCUUUAAUUGUCUUCUGUCUCAUCCAUGUAAACACACAUCGGUUACCGUUUGAGCCUCCAGGUGCUUGAAUCAAACUCCUGAUCACAUGCGCUGCAGGACAGUGUUUCAGAAUUAGCAUCAUUACUGUAUUACCAUGUUUGAAGUGCUUGCAGUUCUGCUACAGUGCUGAUGGUCCUUAUUGUGUGUUCCGCUUGAGGUUUGCUGAGGGUAAAACUGCCUUUGCUGUGCUGCUGUAGGAGCUAGCUAAUUAUGUGUUGCUGUUUAAAAAUGAGAAGUACACAUUGAAGAUUGUGAUUCUUUAUCAUGCCGGAUGAUGCGACCGCUAAUUCAUAAUUCAUUCAUGGUCUGGCAGCUUUCAGUGCUUAUAACCAAGUUGCUUACGUUAUGCUUUUUUUUUUCUUCCUUUGUGUUUUUCUACUCUUGGAGUUAUGGUGCGGAAAUAUCAAGAACAAAACUGAAGGGUUUGAGAUGUCCGCAUUCAAAAACAUUUGUAAACUUGCAUCUCAGCUUGUGACUGUACUGUACCACCGUAACACGUCGCACCCACAGAUGUAGCCAAAGAUGAGACGGGUAUGAAUUGUGCAGGAUUAAGAAGAUGAUGAAGAAGAAGCGUGUAGCUUUUUACCUUUUUUCUUUCAGCUUUAGCAUAAGGACCUUUUGCCAGACUCCUGCAAGAACGUGUUAGUUUAUUUACAAAGUGGUCCUAAACUUUAUCAGUGCAACACUCAACAGUACACCAAAUUUGUCAAGAAUGUCACAAAGAAUUCUAAAUACAAAGUGAUGAGAUUGAUAUGAAUAAAUCCCAACACUCUUUUUAUGUCGUCAUAUUUUAACCGUUGAUUUUAUUCACAUUACACUAAAAAGUCAUGAAAAGCACACUUGUUGCUCUCAUUUACAGCCUGAGUUGUGUAUGCCAUAAAAAUGUUCCAUCUCUGCAUACUGAAGGUACAAAUGUAAAGACAAUCUGUGUUAAUGUUACACUCCAUGAAUGUUUUGGUUGUUUCAUGUACAUAUGACUUCCAUACAUGUAGACCCGUCAGUAUUGGUGCAUAGUGUUUUCUCCCUCCGUUUUGUAUUGUUUUGAAAUAUGUUUCCGUGAUGUGAAAUGUAUUUAACUCAGAGCAAUAGAAUAAAAUGUGUCCAAACCUG